AUGACGGGAGAUACAAAAAAAAUUAUUGAACAAUUACGACAAAAGCUAAUUAAUUAUCAGAAGGAGUUAAAAACUCUUGGCAAACAGUUUUUGAAAGCGAAAAAUGGCAACAAACAAGAUAUUGCCAAACUUCGUGAUAAAGUCAAGGAGUUAGAACAGUCAGAAUUGACUAAUGGCGAAAAACAAACUAAAAUUAAUCAAAUCUUAACCGAAUAUAGUGAAGAAUUAGAAGCAGUGGAUAAAUUACUGGAAGAAGAAAGGACACAAUAUCGUUCUUUAAGAGACCAAAUAAUUGAUAAAUUAUGCGGACCUUGUUCUGCUUGUGUUGAAAAAGCACAGGAUAAAAAACAUUUGAGGCAAAAGAACUUUUAUCUUUCUGCGUUGGUUGGCUUGUUAGUAGUUUUAUUCUUUGUUUUUCAUAUUUGGUUUAUUCAGUGGGCUUGGGGGAGGAAAGUUAAAUGUUGUAAUCACUCUAAAAAAUAA